UGCAUUAUAGAUUGGAUAAAAUAAACGGUUGUGGAAAUUGUGAAUACCUUAAAUAGCGUCGAUUUAGUCGGCAACAUAAUACAACCUUUCUUCAUUGAAACCCGUUCAUGUUUGGCAAGCUUGAGGAGAAAACAAAAAUUAGACACUUAAAUGUAUAAGAAAGGAUGAUCUGCCCGGGUAAACGAUCUGCACUGAGUUGUACACCUCUCCUGACUACACAAGUCAUCAUACUGAUAGCUAUUACAACACAGAUCGCUACAGCACUUUUAGAGAUACAGCGUUCCUGUUCAAGAUGCACGGGCCCAAACAAAAGAUGCUUUAAACUGGAUGGAACUCGGCCUGUGUUAUGUUACUGUGAUUAUGGAUAUUAUGGACCCGAUUGCAAGUGGACAAAUUUUUGCCAAUUUCGAAAUCCAUGUUGGAAUGGCGGAAAUAUUAUUGUAAAUGUCGGUCCUGGGGUACCUGCACCUCCUUCCUGUUCGAUUGGUUCCCCAUGUAAGGCCCCUUUUCGAAAAUGCGUUCAACAUAGUAAACAUUACCACACUUGUGUUAUGGAUGAUAGGACUCUUGGUGCCAUAGAGAGGUUAGAGAAUUUUAGAGAUGUCUGCAUAAUGCGAGAUCCCUAUCGCAAUGGCGGGACGUGUGAUUUAAUCGAAAGUUCCACGUCAUAUAAUUGUACUUGCACUGGUGAAUACCAUGGCACAACAUGUAACGACAAAG